GGACUCAAGAGCUGAAGCUUCCGAACUUCCUGAAGUGCCGUUCCAAACCAUCUCUGCUAUGGCGAUUGCUCAAGAAGCCAGCUGCUUUGCCACUGAUGUGGAGACGGUGGUGGCCGUCCUAUCCGACUUCAAGUAUUCUGAAGCGUUGGCAGAGGAAUCGGUGGCAGAUGAGAUCAGGUGCCAGUUGAAGGACCAGUCCAUGCAGAUUGAGGAACUGAAGGCUGCCAUUGAGACCGAACUUCAAACUGUGCGCCAACAAUUUGAGGAAGCAGAGGUUGCUUUGGAGAGCACAAAAAGCUCUGAGCGCCAAGCAGUGUGCGAACUGGAAUCCAAGGUGAACACUCUGGUGGAAGCUCAAUUGAAGUUGCAGUCAGUGCAAGAUGCGAGGAAGAAGGUCGAGAAGGAGAGUCGUGAUGAGUUGGUGGUGAGCGAUGCACUCCACGAGGCCAAGAACAGGAACAUCUCCGUGAAUGAGGGUGCGUUUUGUACUCUUCUGAAUGGUUCUUGGACCUCAGACAAGGACAAGAAUGAAAAGCUAGCUACCAUCAAGGAGUACUUGCAGGACAUUGGCACAGAGAAGACUCUGGUGGCCGCAGCGGAUGGUCUCAUCACCAAGCCGGAAGUGCGUGGUGACUUCGACAAGAUGACCAUCGACUGCAUCACAGAGGAAUUGUCUGAGAAGCUGAAGCAGGUGGAGGAGAAGCUUUCUGAGCGCGCGCCAGCGGACAAGCAGGUGCGAGCUGAGCUCCUGGGCCUUCAGGCGAGGACCGUUGUGUCGAGGCGUUGACCUUUCGGUGCCGAGGCGACGUAAGUCGUCAAGCUUGGCGACGCUUUGACCGUCUGUGUUUGACUAGGCCCUCCAGGACAUGUGUGAG